AUGAAAUUGGAAAACGGCCUAUUCCACCGUGUCCUAAACUUCGGUACAGGUACUGGUAUUUGGGCCACCGAAUUUGCAAUUAAAAAUCCGGCGACCGUCGUAUAUAAUAUGGACAUGUUCGCGUUUUCGCCACCCAAAAUCCCACCAAAUUGCAAAUUUAUUAUUGGAAAUAUUAUUGCGAAUUGGAAAAAACUGGCAGGUUUGCAUUUAAACCAAAACUGCGGUAAUUUAAAAUAUUUCGAUUUUAUCUAUAACCGCAUAUUCCUGCUUAUAUACCCAAACCAAAAUUUAAUAAUUCAAAACUUUUUUAACAAUUUCCGGCCCGGUGGUAUUAUUAAAUUUUAG